CCGUCACUUGUCCCCGCAGUUAGGACCCUCGCGGGGGGUUUGUGGGUCCUCUUCCCCCUCCCACUGACAACUGCCCCAACUGCUCUUCCUGUCCCGGUCACAGUGAAAAUGUAGAAGGGGUCGUUGUCCGUACGACUGUGCGCCAGGGCUCGGGGAGGGGCGCCCUCCUCGUGAGCGCCCCCCCUGGGAAUAGUGAACAUAAUCACCUCUCAUUCCAGACUAUGUUAGGUCUUAAUGGUGGGAGGAUGCCCGAGUGCCCCGCCCGUUUCACCCCGAGGGGGCGGGACAGUGGGUCGUGACGCUAUCAGAGGGCGCCAGAGCAGGGACCGGACGCGAGUUGGGGAUGUUGGACUCGCUGUUAUCCUUGGGCGGCCUGGUGCUGCUUCGGGAUUCCGUGGAGUGGGAGGGGCGCAGUCUCUUGAAGGCGCUUGUCAAGAAAUCUGCACUGUGUGGGGAGCAAGUGCAUAUCCUGGGCUGUGAAGUGAGCGAGGAAGAGUUUCGUGAAGGUUUUGACUCUGAUAUCAACAAUCGGCUGGUUUACCAUGACUUCUUCAGAGACCCUCUCAACUGGUCAAAAACUGAGGAGGCCCUUCCUGGGGGGCCGCUGGGAGCCUUGAGAGCCAUAUGCAAGAGGACAGAUCCCGGUCCUGUCACCGUUGCUCUCGAUUCACUCAGCUGGCUGCUGCUUCACCUUCCUUGCACCACAGUCUGCCAGGCCCUGCAUGCUGUGAGCCAUCAGGACUCCUGUCCUGGUGACAGCUCCCCGGCGGGGAAAGUGAGUGUGCUGGGCUUGCUACAUGAAGAGCUUCACGGACCAGGCCCUGUGGGAGCUCUCAGCAGCCUUGCGCAGACUGAGGUGACCCUGGGCGGUACAAAGGGCCAGGCCUCGGCCCACAUCCUGUGUCGGAGGCCCCGACAGCGCCCAACUGACCAGACUCAGUGGUUCUCCAUACUUCCAGACUUCAGCCUGGAUCUCCAAGAGGGACCCUCUGUAGAGUCCCAGCCCUGCUCCGAUCCUCAUAUACCCCCGGUGGAUCCCACAACUUAUUUGACCUUUAACCUUCAACUGUCCAAGAAAGAGAGAGAAGCCAGAGAUAGCCUGAUCCUGCCCUUCCAGUUCAGCUCUGAAAAGUAAGGUCGGGACCUGGGUACAUGGAUCCCUGAGUAGAGCCCAGCAUCUGGGCCACGGAGAGGUGGGGCAACAGCAGGUUAUUGAUUAACCUGACUUUAUAGGGGCUGAAGUCCACCUCCAGAGACAAGUCCAAGUUCUUGAUCCACCCAUUCCCCCUACAAUGGCCGAGGGCCUUUAUGUCUCUUUUCUCUCCCUUAGACCCUUGGGUCACAGCUCCAGUUGUCCCCAGAGCACCCUGGGCCUGGGCUGAGCCAGACCAGACCCUUGAGAGGUGGCCCUAUCCCUAGGCAGUGGUGCUAGGAGGACAGAAGGCUAUAUGGGCGUGGCAAAGGCUGGUUAACAAGAGCUUAGUGCAUGCCUGCUGUUCUGUGCCCAGUGUGUGGGUGGAUGAAGCAAGACUACAAGAUCCUUGCCCCCAAGCUGCUAGGAACUUACGGUUUUAUUAGGAGAGCAGUACAAGGGUAUCUAUUCCAGUACCAAAUGGUGCUUCAGCUCUAACAUGGAGGUGAGAGAAAGGGACUUGGACCAAGAAAAUGACAUGGAGGCCUAACAGGUUGCCUCAAUGAGAGUCACAGUCACCUGGAAGAAAGUAUCCAGACCCAACCUGUCAGCUACCCUCACCAGCACCAAAUCUUCCCUUCUCAGACAGCAGGCUCUCCUGCGGCCUAGGCCAGGCCAGGCUACCAGCCACAUUUUCUAUGAGCCAGAUGCUUAUGAUGACCUGGACCAAGAAGACCCAGAUGACGACCUAGAUAUUUGACUGGUCAGAUUUGAUUAGAUUGUCAUUGGAGGGGGCGCAGGAAGACUUUGGGCCCAGAACCAUCUUUCUCUUGUUUGUGUUAGCCUUACCCUGUCCCUACCCCACCUUGGUUCCCCUUGUCUAUGGAUCCCUGCUCUGUGAGCCAGGAAGCAGCGUCUCAUCAGGACAGAAGGUAGGAUGAAGACACGGGAUAAUGUGAGAGUAGAACAUCCCCGUACCUAAUAAAAUCUUUAUUUUUGUAUUAAAAAAGAAA